ACAAAAAGGCAAGAUUACAGAGAUCAUCGAUCGAGACACGCACGCUUGCUAGCUGGAAGUCCGUGAUGCCUUUUCCGGAUCCCAAAUAAUUCCCAACUACACAAACAUGACAGACUACGCCGAAGAGCAAAGAAAUGAAUUAGAAGCCAUCGAGUCAAUUUACCCGGACUCUUUUACAGUGUUUUCAGAGGAUCCCAUCAGCUUCACGAUCACUGUCACGUCUGAUGCUGGGGAAAACGGGGAAACCGUGGAAGCCACUUUGAAGUUCACCUACGUGGAGAAAUACCCCGAUGAGCCCCCGCUGUGGGAGGUCCACUCCCAAGAGAACCUGGAGAACAGUGAUGUGGAGGGUAUCCUCACGUUGCUACAGCAACAGGCGGAAGAAAAUCUGGGAAUGGUGAUGAUUUUCACCCUGGUGACGGCUGUGCAGGAGAAACUCAAUGAAAUUGUGGACCUGAUAAAGAACAGAAGAGAAGAGGAGAAAAUGCGUAAAGAGCGAGAGGCAGAGGAAGCAGAGAAGGUGGCGUUCCAGGGCACGGUGGUAACCAUCGAGAACUUCCUGGCAUGGAAAGCCGCCUUCGACUUGGACAUGGCCGAGUUACAGAGGAAAAAGCAGAAAGAAGAGGAGCAAUCGGGGAAAGCAAAACUCACCGGUAAACAGCUGUUUGAGAGAGACCACAACCUGGACACGUCAGACAUCCAAUUCCUGGAAGACGCUGGAAACAACGUGGAGGUGGAUGAAUCCUUGUUCCAGGACAUCGACGACUUGGAUUUGGAGGAUGAUGACCCUGACUUUGACCCUUUAGAGAUGGGCAGUGAUGAGGACUAAAGCUGAGAGGAAAGACUGAAUGUGUAGAAUAUGAUGAGAAGAUCCGACAAGGCUUCGUUUUUUUUUUUUAAAGAUGCUAGCAGCUGUUGGAAUAUAAAGACGUGUUUUUCAUGAAUGCUACAUAUUAAAUUAGCUUCAAAUGCU